CGUGACCCUUACACAACAGGAAGUGGAGAGUACUGACAGAAAGGCGGCUCUCGAACCCGGGCUCCCAGGAUGGCCGACCUGCAGCUGAGUGCAGACGAGGAGAUGGUGGAGAGGCUCCUGGACGCUGCGGCCAGAGGAGACCUGGGUCAGGUGUCCUCCGUGCUGUCCCGCGCCCCCUCGCUCAUCGACCGGACGGGGAGCCGCGGCUGGACGGCGCUGAUGUUUGGAGCUCGUAACGGACACUACGACGUGGUGAAGGAGCUGCUGGACCGCGGUUGUGACAGGUUCUCAGUCAACGCCUCUUCGCAGACCGCCUAUGAUAUUUCCAAGUUCUGGGGCCACGGACACGUCUGCAGGCUGCUGGGCCGGACAGACGCUCCCGGAGAGAACUACUUCGGCAGGGAGACGCUGGACCGGCUCAGCGCGAGGAGGACCGACCAGGCGUGGCUGGAGGCCAGGCGGACGGCGGCCGACACCGUCUACCUGCUGUUCUCCAAGCUCAGCCCCAUGGUCAGCACGUCCUGCAGGCGGCAGGGAGGGCAGCCGGAGCUGCGGCUAUGUCGACUGGGACACGACGCCGUGAAGCCUCUGCUCCAGAAACCGUCCACUGUGCUCGUCUUUCUGGGAGUGGAGAGGACCGACCCCCCCUCCCCCUCCCGCCAGGCGGACGAGGCUCCCCGGGACCCUCCGGCCUGGUUUGCCGUCGGCACGGAGGAAGACGCCGACGAGUUUCUGGCAGGUGGCGGAGAAGAGAAGCGCCUGUUUCCGCGGUCGUCCCACCGAGACCUGCUGACGCUGAGCGAGGACGAAGCUGGAGUGGUGGCCCAGGCCCGCUCCGUCCUGGCCUGGCACAGCCGCUACAGCUUCUGCUCCACCUGCGGCGGCGGCACCCGCCUGGAGGACGGAGGAUACAAGAGGAGCUGCCUGAACGCCGAGUGCCCGAGCCUCCGGGGGGUCCACAACACCUGCUACCCCCGAGUCGACCCGGUGGUCAUCAUGCUGGUGAUCCAUCCUGACGGACAGCAGUGCUUACUGGGGAGGAAGAAGAUGUUUCCUGCUGGGAUGUUCUCCUGCUUGGCUGGAUUCGUUGAGCCGGGGGAGACCCUGGAGGAGGCUGUGCGGAGGGAGACUCAGGAGGAGAGCGGGGUGAAGGUGGGCCGGGUCCAGUACGUGUCCUGCCAGCCCUGGCCCAUGCCCUCCAGCCUCAUGAUCGGCUGCCUCGCCAUCGCCGUAACGACAGACAUCCGAGUGGAUGAGAACGAGAUCGAGGAGGCCCGCUGGUUCUCCAGGCAGCAGGUGAUGGACUCCCUCCUGGACGGAGCCCAGCGCGUCCUCACCGUUCCUCCCAGACAGACCAUCGCUCACCAGCUCAUCAAACACUGGAUUGGGAUGAACGCCAACCUGUAGCACGAACCUGAAGCUGCAGGUCGAACCGCCACACUCAGCAGACCGGGACUGGGAACUCGGAUCGGGGUUCCCCUCCGCCCGACUCAGAGAGCGGCAGCAGAUCCCAGCUGGAGGCUCCAGAGAUUCCGAGAGAACAAUGAUUUUAAUGGUGCUGAAAGUCUCCGUUUCAGCUUUAUUCUGUUUUUAUCCAACAUGUCCAUCAGUUUCGUGAAGCUCAGGUUGAAUCUGAUCUUCACAAUGUUUAAUGUGCAAUAAGUCUCUGAGAUGAAGUUCAACCAGUCAUUAGAUCAUGUCACAGCUUACACUCUGGAGUGUUUUCUGUUUCCAUUAUGAAGAUACAGUCCUGAAUGAUCAGGGAAGUGUUUUAAAGAUAAACUGGAGUUAAAGUUAUGAACCCCAAACACACACUCCUCCAGCUGAGAGUCCUGCUGAGUGUGUUUCAUAUUCUCAUCUCUGUUGUUAUUCAUAAUACCAGCUGUUUAGUUAAAAAAAACUAUUCCAUGCUAAUUUCUUUAUUUUCAGGACAAUAAAUCACAACUUGUUUGACAUUCCAUUUAAUUUUUUAAUCAUAAAGCGACAUGUAUAAAGAUAUGGAGCCACAAAGCUGCUACAGGACCACAGAAAAUCCUCCACUACCACUGAGUUUCCAAAGAUAAAUGUCUCCAAGAAGGAGAACA